AUGGCUGUGGCAUGGAGCGUUCCACACUUCACGUACGUUGGAAUGGACGUGUCGCUUAAUAACAAGAGAGAGUUUUCUUUGCUCACAAGAAUGUCAUACACGCUAAAUGCAUUUGCCAAGUUCUAUAUGGAGGUGUUUGAUGCGUUCGGCUGGACAGACAUUGCAAACAUCUACGACCCAGAUGAGUAUCUGUCAAAUCUUAUUGGCACCAGUUUUCAGGCUUCGUUCCAAGCACUAGCGAUUCAUAUCCAUUCGUCAGAAAUCCAUCUGCGCCAAAAAACUGAAGACAUUCAAUCCGAGAUCUUGCGAGUAAUUAGAAAAGCCAGCUCUGUUUCGCGAGUGUUCAUCGUUGUGUGUCACGGGGACGUGUUUCGACAGAUGGUUCUGAUGGCAAGCGAGAUACUGCCGCUUGGCGACUACGUCUUCAUUUUCUUCUUCCAAUUUUCCGGGGAUUUUCCAAUCGGCGAGUACCACUGGGCUAGAGGCGACUUGCUUGAUCAGACGGCGCGGAAGGCGUAUGAGUCCGUGAUGGUGAUUCGGCCCCGUAGGCCUGUUACUGCUGAGUUCGAACACUUUGAGAAGGAAGUUAAGCGCAGAUCCCCGAUAGAGUAUAACUAUACCUGGCAAGACGGACACGAGGUUAUUUGGAAUGACAUGUUGUUGUCAUUUGUAUCGCUGUUGUAG